AUGUCCUGUGGGAUUCAGUGGGCACCAACGCUCUGGGAGAAAGCACCCCUCACCAGCGGAGCUCCAGGAGGGACACUGAUGCAGAAAGUUUCCCUGUUGCACCUUCUUAAUGUCGACUAGUGGCUCCACAGGGCCAGAAAGCUUGGAUUGAGAAAACCUUUCACAAACGAGAAUGCAUCUAUGUAUCUCCUGCCAAGGACCCAACCCGGUGUGCCUGUGGUUAUCUUUUGACUCAGCACCAGCAAGUCACCAACAAGCCUUCAGAGGAGAACCAGCUGGUUCAAGUGGACCCUCCUCAAGAGAAAUGGUCGGUGGUCAGACAUACCCAAACUGCCCCUACCGACGCAUUUGGCACCAUUGAAUUUCAGGGAGGAGGAUUUGUCAACAAGGCCAUGUAUAUCCGGGUGUCAUAUGAUACCAAGCCAGAUAGUUUGCUGCAUCUCAUGGUGAAAGAAUGGCAGCUGGAGCUGCCCACUUUGCUUAUAUCCGUUCAUGGUGGCCUCCAGAACUUUGACCUGCAACCAAAACUCAAGCAGGUCUUUGGGAAAGGUCUGAUCAAGGCUGCUGUGACCACUGGAGCCUGGAUCUUCACUGGUGGUGUUAGCACUGGAGUUAUCCGGCACGUUGGAGAUGCUUUGAAGGAUCACUCCUCUAAAUCCCGAGGGAAAGUCUGCGCCAUAGGCAUUGCUCCGUGGGGAAUCCUGGAGAGCAAAGAGGAUCUUAUUGGAAAAGAUGUGACCAAACCAUACCAGGCGAUUUCCAACCCUCUGAGCAAGCUAGCUGUUCUCAACAAUAGUCACUCGCACUUCAUACUGUCCGAUAAUGGCACAUGUGGGAAAUACGGGGCGGAGGUCAAACUGCGCAGACAGUUGGAGAAACACAUUUCCCUGCAGAAGAUUAACACGCGUCUGGGGCAGGGUGUACCGGUGGUUUGUCUAAUUGUGGAGGGAGGUCCGAAUGUGAUCUCCAUUGUGCUGGAGAGCCUGCAUGAAGAGCCAGCCGUGCCUGUUGUGGUUUGCGAUGGCAGUGGCCGAGCCUCGGACAUAAUUUCCUUCGCUCACAAGUACUCAGAGGUGGAAGGACUGGUAAAUGAAGAUGUAAAAGAGCAGCUGCUAGUCACCAUCCAGAAGACCUUUAACUACAACAAGACCCAGUCAGGGCAGAUUCUGCUCAUGGUCACUGAAUGCAUGAAGAAGAGGGAGCUGAUAACAGUUUUUCGAAUGGGUGCUGAGGGACAAGACGACAUUGAAAUGGCCAUCCUCACUGCAUUACUGAAAGGCACAAAUGCAUCAGCUCCAGAUCAGCUGAGCCUGGCUCUGGCUUGGAAUAGAGUGGACAUAGCACGCAAUCAAAUCUUUGUGUACGGACACAACCUACCAGUAAACUCCCUUGAGCAGGCCAUGAUGGAUGCUUUGGUUCUCGACAGAGUGGACUUUGUCAAACUCCUCAUUGAAAACGGUGUAAACAUUCACCAUUUUCUAACCAUCCCACGAUUAGAAGAGUUAUACAACACUAAACUUGGACCUGCCAACACUCUACAUAUUGUAGUCAGAGAUGUUAAAAAGGGGAACCUCCCACCAGAUUAUCAAAUUACAUUGAUUGACAUUGGACUGGUGGUGGAGUACCUGAUGGGUGGGGCCUAUCGCUGUAACUACACAAGGAAAAACUUCCGAACUCUUUACAACAAUCUCUAUGGCCUAAAGAGACCAAAAGCCCUGAAGCUUCUUGGAAUGGAGGAUGAUGAGCCCAGAUCAAAAGGUAAGAAGAAGCAAAAGAAGAAGAAAGAAGAGGAGGAGGAUAUUGACGUGGAUGAUCCCGAGGUCAGCCGCUUCAUGUACCCGUUUCAUGAGCUGAUGAUAUGGGCAGUGCUGAUGAAGAGGCAGAAGAUGGCUCUGUUCCUGUGGCAGAGGGGUGAGGAGGGCAUGGCUAAAGCGCUGGUGGCCUGUAAGCUCUAUAAAGCCAUGGCUCACGAGUCUUCUCAGAGUGAAAUGGUGGAUGACAUCUCCCAGGACCUUGAUAACAACUCCAAGGAGUUUGGAACCUUGGCUUAUGAGUUGCUGGAUCAGUCUUACAAACAUGAUGAGCAGCUGGCCAUGAAGCUGUUGACGUAUGAGUUAAAGAACUGGAGUAACUCCACCUGUCUGAAGCUGGCAGUGGCCGCAAAGCACAGAGACUUUAUCGCUCACACCUGCAGUCAAAUGCUCCUCACUGACAUGUGGAUGGGCAGCCUGAGAAUGGGCAAAAACCCUGGACUUAAGGUGAUACUAAGUCUCAUUUUCCCACCCCUUAUCCUGCUGUUGGACUUCCGUCUUGGUGAUGACAUGUCUCAUCAAGUCUCGGUAGAUAAUGAGGACAGGAAGGCCAAGGAUGAUGAUAACAAGUCCAGCAAGGAUGCCAACGCAGAUGCAGCUUCUAAGAAAGGAGACGAGGAGGAGGGCAAUAAGAAAAUGAGGCGGAUUCCUAUUGGCAAGAAAAUCUUUGAGUUCUAUAAUGCCCCUUUCACCAAGUUUUGGUUCAAUACUAUUUCCUACCUUGGCUAUCUCAUGCUUUAUAAUUAUGUAGUCUUGGUAAAGAUGGAGCGCUGGCCCUCAAUACAAGAGUGGAUCGUCAUUUCAUACAUAAUCACUUUGGGCCUUGAGAAAGUCAGACAGAUCCUGAUGUCAGAACCAGGCAAGCUCAAACAAAAGAUAAAUGUGUGGUUAGAAGAGUAUUGGAACAUCACAGACAUGGUGGCCAUCUCUACCUUCCUGAUUGGGCUACUUUUUAGGCUGCAGAGUGAACCCUACAUGGGCUAUGGCCGUGUGAUCUACUGCGUGGGCAUCAUCUUCUGGUAUAUCCGGGUGCUGGACAUAUUCGGGGUCAACAAGUACCUUGGACCCUAUGUCAUGAUGAUAGGAAAAAUGAUGAUUGACAUGCUGUACUUCGUGGUGAUCAUGUUGGUGGUGCUGAUGAGUUUUGGUGUGGCACGACAGGCCAUCCUCCACCCGGACGAGGAGCCAACGUGGCGCUUGGCCCGCAAUAUCUUCUACAUGCCCUAUUGGAUGAUCUACGGAGAGGUGUUUGCAGACUCGAUAGACCCCCCCUGUGGAGAAAAUUUAUAUGAUGAAGAUGGGAAAAAACUUCCACCCUGCAUUCCUGGAGCCUGGCUCACCCCCGCCAUCAUGGCCUGCUAUUUGUUAGUAGCCAACAUCCUCCUCGUCAACUUGCUUAUUGCUGUCUUCAACAACACCUUCUUUGAGGUUAAGUCCAUCUCCAACCAGGUGUGGAAGUUCCAAAGAUAUCAGCUGAUCAUGACCUUCCAUGACAGGCCUGUACUGCCUCCACCUAUGAUUAUCUUCAGCCACAUCUACAUCCUGUUCCGCAGACUUUGCUGCCGCUGUAGCAAGAAAAAGGAGGGAGAAUUGGAUGAGAAGGAUAAAGGAUUAAAGCUCAUUCUUACCCCGGAGGAGCUGAAGAUGCUGUAUGAGUUUGAGGAACAAUGCGUGCAGGAAUAUUUCAGGGAGAAAGAAGAUGAGCAACUGUCCUCAAAUGAUGAGCGUAUAAGGGUUACAAAUGAAAGGGUUGAGAACAUGUCCAUGCGUCUUGAGGAGGUGAAUGAGAGGGAGAACACAAUGAAGGCCUCCCUUCAGACAGUGGAUCUUCGUUUGUCCCAGCUGGAAGAUAUCCACAGCCGAAUGGUGAAUGCCCUAGAGAGAUUGGUAGGAAUCGAUCACUCUGAACUAACCCAGACCCGUUCAACAGCCUCCUCUAUUUGUGACCCGUCCUCCCUCCAACGUCACAGUAGCAUCAACAGUGCUGAUGGAUACAGCCUUUACCGCUACUACCUGGGUGUUGAUGACCGUCCACCUGAGGAAAAAGAGGGGGAUCAGACUAAAACAAUAAGCAUUACACACCUCAACACAAAAGAAUAUGGGCAGAACCUGGAGGUAGAUGUUCCAGGGAUAAAAAGACAUUUUGGCUCAAAUCUGGACAUCCGGAUCUUCCCCUGUGAGAAGGGAGUCGAGAAUGUCAAUCGUGUUGAAGGGACACAGCCAGAAUCACCAAAAUAUCCAGUUCCUGACAUUCAGACUUCUUUAGAUUGUGCCACACCAAAAGAGGCUUUGAUGAUGGAGAGAGCUAAACUCGAGGCAACUAUCUCCUACCCUCUUGAAAAGGUGAAAGCAUUCAGAUACUAUCCAGAAGGAAUACAGGGCACAUCACCAUCCACUGUACAAAGGUGUAGGAGCACAAUCUUGAUUGAUCAAACAAGUGGAAGGGAAGAAACUCGAUCGGGGGGAGGCAUGGAUGGGUCUUCAGAUACGAGGCGAUGGAGUGCUGGCUAUGAGUAUAAGGUAAAUACCAGUCUUUUUGGUCAGACACCAAAGGUAUCGAUGGUUAAACCCUUGGUAGAACAAAUUUACAAGUUUAGCUACGGUUUCAAGGUAAGGCAGCAUUCUGAUGAGCCUUGGCUGCAGAGGCCGAAAGUUUCUUCUAGAUUCAGUAAGGAGGAGAUGGGCACAGAAGAUGGGGAGAAGACAGCGGGCAGUUCAGAUGGACUGAUGAGUAAUGAAAGUACUCAGUUGAUAACAGAAGAUGGGAUAACAAAGGAUGGAGAGCAACACUCAGAAGGGACAACUGGCAAAGAGAGACAGCAAGAUGUAGAUCGAAUAAAACAGGAAGACAGGAGCGAGACAGUUCAGGAAGGGGACAAAUGUCUGAAUACUGUGCAAGGGGGGACUAAGGAACCAGAAGGUGAUCCUGAAGGAGGUCUCAGAAAUGAAAUAAGCCAUGAGAAUAAGAAUGAAAAGGAUGAGAUGACCAUGGAUGUAGGUGCCAGUGGUUCUGAAUUCCAAGCUGACAGUAGCCACCUGCUUCAGCCCGAAGAUACUGUAUUCCUCCCUGGAAGAUCCAAGAGUUGGUCUACAAAACCUUGCAAGUCCUUAGGAAACAGUGUGAAAAGGACCUAUGGAUCCAGCAGUGAGAGAGACCUUGCUGGAGCAUUUGGAGACUCUGUUGACUCUACUGAUAAAGGAAAGCCAACAGAGAAGACAACAGAGAACACAUCUUCAAAUAAGCUAUAGAGGACAAAGGGGAAGUCCUAGAGGGAGUCCAGUAGAGCGCAACAGUGACCCGCCCACUUUUUCAGCCAUCUUGGUUCCAAAAGUAUUUUUCCCAUUAAUUUCUUCCAAAGGGAUUUUAUAAAAUCCUUCAGAAAAGUUUUAAGCCAUUAAUCAAAUCAACCAGAUCCCAGGUGAAUCACAUUACAAACUGAUUUGAAGCAAAAAAAAAAAAAAAUAAAGUGAAAAUUUGACAAAAAGACAAAGACUCUGUACUUCAGGGCAAGAACUACAAUCCCAUGAAACAUUGCAAAAAAAAAAAAAAGACCCAACUGAAUGAAAAAGAUGGAAAAACAUAAACAAUUUGUUUAAAUUUGUUGAUUUUAAAGAGCCCAUAUUAUCCUCACUUACAGGUUUUUUAAUGUUAUUUUCGAGGUCUACUAGAAUAGGUUUACAUGCUUUAAUGUUCAAAAAAUACAUUAUUUUUCUCAUACUGUACAUUGCUGCAGCACCUCUUUUCACCCUGUCUGAAAUGCUCUGUUGUAGCUGCUGUCUCUUUAAAGCCCCCUUUUCCAAAAAGCCCAGUCUGCUCUUAUUGGUCAGCUGGCCCAGCCUGUUGUGAUUGGUCAAAUUUUAGAACGUGUGUCAGAAAAGUAACGCCCCUUACCAUAACCGAGUUUCAGCUCCCAAGGCUUCCUGAGCAGCACAUUCCUGAGGUGGGCAUUAUGCAGAUGUGUUACAUAGUGACGUAGCUAUGUGACGGAAGUAAUGGCUGGACUGCAAACCAGGCGUUUCAGGCAGUUCAGGAGCAGUGUUUUCUGUGGGAGAGAGUAACUCCCUUUGGCAUGGACUUUGUGCUAUGUAACUUUGCAGAACUUUUACAUGCACAAACAGCUAUAUUACACACUAAAGGAAAGGUAAAAUCCCAAAAAGCAUAAUAGGGUCGCUUUAAGUAAAGAAGCAUUAUAUUUUGAUUUCAUUUAAAAAUAUUCAGAUAUUUGCAAAUAUACAAGUAGUUUGAGAAUGUUGGGAGACCAACCCUGUCAGGGCAUUUGCAGUGCGUCAUGGAAGUAGGCGCUUGAUGCAAAGCUCUUUUGUUGCAGUUUGUUUGCUGUGAUUCUCUGAUUGGUGGAUUGUUUCUCUUCUAGGUCAUGGGUAGUGUAGUUCUUCUCCAGAUAUUUUGCUAUUAAAGAAGUUUUUUAAAAAUGUAUAUGAAAUAACAGGGAUGGCUAAUGGCUUCCAAAGAAGCAUGUACAAUCGAUUAACAACAUCAGAGCUUAUGGCAGGUCGGUCUUUAAAGGUUUUUAAGUUAUCAUUAAAAAUCAGUUUCCUUAUAGAAAAAAUAAAUGGGAUUUUUACUUCCGUAACCAGACUGCUGUGCUCUUUAGGACAACUGUUACCAGAAAUGUGCUUAAGUUAGGGUACAUUUUGUCAAUGCAUCUGUAACACUUGUAAAUAUGAUACUUAUGUGAUAUGUGCACUUGCACUAAACAUAUUUCCAUAUGUACUUAAGGUACAAAAUAUUACACAACAGUAUCUAACCUCUCUCACUGCACUGCUAACAUUUGCACUCAUGCCGUUUAUGUGUCAAGGUUAUGAUUUUUUUGACUGGGCAAAAUAACAGUAUAUAAGCUAAAAAGAAAAAGAGAAAAAGUAAGGCUAAGGAAACUGAAGAAAUCAAAGGACAAAAGGUGUCUACCUCAAUGCAAAAAGGCUGAAUCUAGCAGGUAGUACUGCAAAAGAUUAGCAAUAUUUAGCAAUGAGCUAAGCUUUCUGGUUCUGUCUAUUGUAAGACUACACAACAGCACCAUCUGUUGUUCUGGAUGAUGAACUGCAAAACAAAAACCAGGGCAAGAGAUUGUACCAACGAAAAAUAAGACAGGAACUGUUGUACACAGUUUUACUUUGGUUAUAUCUAUAGUAUAACAUUUUACAAUAAAACCACAUUUCAAAUUCUUGUUCACAUUUUCUUUAUGGUUUUAAUACAAGCUUUAAAUGAGUGUAUAGUGACUUUUUUCAAAUAGCAGGUUGCAUUAAAUAUAGAGUACAGUAACACGGUUAUUCCUUAAAAGUUAGGACAUACAAUAACAAAUAUGAAAUAAUACAUGCAUAACAAUGGUCCCAUCUGAAUAUCAGUGGUCAUGCUACAUUUUGCCACAACAUUCUUUCAGAGUAUUAUGGCAGUUUCUGGAUUUAAACAGUCCAACUUAUAUAAAUGGAUAUGGAUAAAAGGCAUUAAGGUCCCCAAUAUCAGCACAAGUCGUUAGAAAAUGCGAUCCCAAAAGGGGACAUUUUAUUGCUGUUGUCUACAUCUACUUCCUCUUCUGAAGCAACCAUUAGUGCAGUUUAAAUGGGAGACCAAAAUGUCUCACAUUUGAAAACAAAAGUGCAGAUAUAACCAGUGUCAAUACCAAUAGCAUUCAACCUGUCUCCUUUGACAAAUACACCUAUGCAACAAACAAAAUAAUAAUAAUAAUAACAAUAAUAAUAAUAAUAAUACCACUUUUUGGCAAAUGCACGUUUCUUUUAAGAGCCUAAGGUGUAACAAGUUAUGUAAACAGUAAAGAAAGGCUGUACAUGUGCAUACAACUUUAUGCACUGGCUUUUUUCAAUUAAACAAUGAGAAAGAGCUCAAAGAGUGAGAAAUAUCAAAUUGAAAUAGAAAAAUCGCUCCGUUUAAUAAAGUUCUUAAUACAAUUCAUUAAUGGCUGAUAAGCAUGCAUUAGUGGCCUAUUUAUUCAAAUAAUAGAUUAUAAUAGAUAAUUCACACAUGACCUAAAUGGUUCUAGUAUCUACACUUGCUUGUAUGCGGCUAAGCAGCCUGUUUUUAUAAAAUGAAUACAUUGAUUCAAAUGGAUGCUAAUUAAGUAGCUGAUGAUAUAAACUUCAUCAUGAAAUAUCUCUAAAAAUGUCACAGGGCUCAAGCGAUUACAGAUAUUCACAUACUUUUGACUGUGAUUUUGCCAAGUAAGUCGUGUUCCCUAUGACACCUGACCUCAAGAUGUUCCUCUAUCCAUCAUGCAUCUGUCAGGGUCCACCUUUGUAACCUUCUAGUGGAUGGACAGAUGUCUAUCUGUGCUAUACAUGGACUUGUGCCUGUAAGGAGAGCUCAUUGAAAACACAUGUAUAUGCUUUUAAUCCAUGGGUGUUCCAAAAUUAUAUAGAUUUUCCUAAAUUAAUUUUUCAAAACCAGUGCAAGAAAACAGUGUGCGUGCAGUAUAAAAGACACUUGGCAACAUAUUAUAACAAAACAAACAAACUGCUGACUCUUACUAAUUCAGAAAUACAAAAUGCUCACUCUCACUAAUUUAAAAACACUUAAUGCACAUCUAUGCCAUCAUCAGCAAAUGUUUUAUGCAUGUGCAUUAUUUGUAUACAAUAUUAUACAUAAACACAUAGUUCGUCCAACAAUGAAAAUUCUGUUAUCAUUUACUUACUCUCAUGUCGCUCCAAACAUGUAUGACAUUAGUUUUUCCAAGGAACACAAAAGGAGUUAUUUAUAGCAGAAUGUCCGAGAUGCUCUUUCCCAUACAAUGAAAGUGAAAUGGUGACCACGGCUGUCAAGCAAGAUUUUCGGUGAAUAAUUACUUAAAUUUCACACUGCUCUGCAGAUAAAGCUAUCAACGUCCUCAACUGACAAACAUUAUGAAUCACAGCCUCAGUGAUCCGUUUCAAAUGAGACUGAGCAAAAUGAUUGACAGGUGAAAAGCAUCAGUAUCCCCGGACACAUUUUAGUUUGCUGUUUACAAAGUCUACAGCUGUCACAAAGACCGGUGAGAUAUCUCUGGACACUUAUUUAAGUAAUAUCUUUAAGGGAGUAGGAAACAUUUUUGCAUACUUUUCCAUGAAAAAAAUCACUUAGAGCACAUUUAAGGUGUUUGUGCUGUUGUUUGUUUUUUUCUUGACAGCCCCUCAUCCCCAUUUACUUUCAAUGUAUGGAAAAGAGCAGCUCUGACAUUCUGCUAAACUU